AUGGGCCUUGUCGACUAUUCCGACUCGGAGGGCUCAAGCUCCGAAGCCGAAGUUCAAGCUCCUGUCAAACCAGCCCCUAAAUCAUCUGCAUCUUCCAAGAAGCCUUUCCAAAAGGUUGUCGAUAGAUCCAACCCUGGGAAAAUCGUUGUCAGCCUCCCUCAGCUCGCCAACAAUAGACCGCAAGCCGAAGAACCCCCAGAGAAACGGACCAAGACUGCCGGUGGUGGUAGAUUCUCCGGUUUUAAUUCGUUUCUACCAGCGCCCAAGAACGCGAACAAGCCCAAACCCGUGGCAUCGAGCAGUUCGAUAGCGAGACCAAGCUUUCAGUUCAAGACUAGCGCAGCUCCAGGAUUCAGUAGAGACGCAGGAGGCGACCUGAAGAAUUCAGACGACAACGCAGACGGCAUGAGCCUACCGACUCUGAAGGCUGCCGCGCAACCACAUAUACCUGAAGGACAAAAACCAGCGGACGAGGUUAAGUUGGUGGGCAAGCCAUUGAUGUUCAAGCCUCUGUCUGUGGCAAGGAACCCCCAGAAGAAGAAAAAACUGAAUUCUGGGCUGGCAAAACCAGCGCCGACUCCCGCACAUGAACAGGCUCGACUGAAACCGGCUGAAGCAACACCAGAGGCCACGCCAGCCGUUCCCAAGAAGGUGUCGCUGUUCUCUUUGCACACAGAAGAGCCUUCUGAACCUGCAGACAGGAGUUCUUCAGGCACUUACGAACCAAUGUUUGCGACAGCAGAAAGCUCAUUGACCUAUGAUGAGGGCGCAUUUGGCGACUAUGCCAGCCAUGCGCAAGCAGGUCCAUCCGCAACAACAUUGCCAGGCUCUGAGUCCCUUGAUACAGUAGUGGAGGACCUCAAGCUCACUGCCGCUCAAAGAAGAGAGCUCUUUGGCCGCAAUGGCCUGGGCAACCAAGCAGCUAAGAAAGUUAUCAACUUUAAUAUGGACAAGGAAUAUAGACACAACGAAGAGAUUCGGGCCGCAGGAGAGGAACAGACCCACAACCCUGUGCGUGCGAUCCAAGGAGGUGGAAAGCACAGCUUGCGCCAGUUGGUACAGAACGCACAGAGCCAGCGCGAAGCUCUUGAGGAUAGUUUUGCCAAGGGGAAGAAUAAUCGAAAAGAGGCAGGGAGCAAGUACGGAUGGUAG